CUGGGUCAUCAGGCAUUGGAUCGUCUGGCUCGACAGCGGGCAUCGGGUCACCAGGCAUGACAGCGGGCACCGGGUCAUCAGGUACCGGAUCGUCUGGAUCGACAGCGGGCACCGGGUCAUCUGGCGUUGGAUCGUUUGGCUCGGCUGCGGGCACCAACUCAUCUGGCAAGACAGUGGGCUCCGAGUCACCUGACAAGACAGCGGGCACCGAGUCACCUGGCAUAAUAGGAUCAUCAGGCUGGAUCAGCUGGGUAAAGACAUCAGGCUGAAUUGUGGGCACCGAGGCACCAGGCUGAACCACGGAAGGCAGGCUCUCAGCCGGCAGGCUCA